AUGAAAAACAAAAUAUUCGUAUGUUGUAUAACUCCGCCAUCUCGGAAAUACUUAUGUGUAUAAUGAAUUUUGUAAACAAUGCGCUGGUUCAAAAGUCUAAACAAAUUUCUAAUGAAUAAUGAUUGUAAAAUAAAUAUAGUACAUACAGCCUUUCGACAGAAUGCUCCCAUAGGUAGAACCUUGGACAGUAUGUUUGACGCUACGUAUGAGUAACUUGAAUUCAGUGAUUGUCAUAAACAACCCGUCUCAGUAUCGGAAUUAUAUUUCUAUAAUAUUGUUAAUAUAAUCAAUUAGGCCGGCCAUAAUCGGUACUGAAGUGCAACAGUACAUGCUCUGAAAAGCUAUGAAAAUAUCUAUUAUUGUUGUGUUAUUGAAGGAUCUUUCUAAUAGUGAGAAAAAUACGAAACCCAAUGUCUCUGUUAUUAAAACACCUGAGAAGAAGGGAGAAUGCAACUAUCUUAUAAUCACAGCGUUUAUAGAUUAUAAUAGAAUAAAAUUCAUCGCUAUUUUCUACACUAAAUUAAACUUUAGUACGUUGCCGUUCAUAAAAGAUCAAUUAAUACUUGGCAAAAUAAGCCUCAAUAAUUUCUCUAAAAGAAUGUCCCGUUCUACUGAGUUAAAUUCAAUUGCAGCAUUUUUGUACGCUGGCAGGCUAUAUUAUAAGUAUGCCACGAAGUUUUCAGCAUCCAAAAAGAAACAUCGGAGACCCUAUAAUGUAAAUAUAUGUACGUAGACGAUCAAACUCAACGAUUAAACUCCACUCCUUGUAUGGAAAAUAUUUAAAGGGUUCUUACAAACAUCUACCAGUUUUCAGUUUCUUUUUUAUCACCGAUAACCUGCUUGAUGGAUUUAAAUUAAAUUAAACAGACAGAGUGUACUAGACAUUGGACUUGCUUCUCAUUGCAAAUAAAUUGGAAGUAAAAUCUUAACUAGGUGUGUCUAUGCAUGUUCGAAUAAACAAAAAACCAAUUUAAUUUUGCAAGCGCGCCAGGGCUUUAAGGAGAGCAAAUAAGUGUUAGUGUAGUUAUUUGUGACUACGAAGCAAUUGAGAGCAGUCACAGAGGCACCCAGCGGUCGUCUCAACAUCGCCGCUAACGUUAUCAUGCCGGGGCCGUGUCAACGCCUUCGCUUACCCUCUUUGGCGGCGGUGAUGCGUACAACACGCGCUUCUACCACCGACUACACCACCAUUGCGAUACGCAAGGAGCAGCGCCGUGUCGUCAUGAUGGGAGCUGCACGUGUCGGCAAGACUUGCAUUAUUUCGCAAUUUCUCUAUGAUAAAUUUGAAGCCCGCUACAAACAAACAGUGGAGGAGUUGCAUCGUGGGGAAUAUGAGCUGCCAGAUGGCUCGGCGUUAACGUUAGACAUUUUAGAUACAUCCGGUUCGUAUGAAUUCCCCGCAAUGCGUACUUUGUCGAUAUCAACAGCGGGCGCCUUCAUCUUGGUGUAUGCGGUAGAUGAUAAGCAAUCAUGGUUUGAGGUGGAAAGACUAAGGAAACAGAUAACAGCAAAACGUGGCCUCAAGGUGCCCAUUGUCAUCGUUGGUAAUAAGGUGGACAUAAACGAAGCCGAUCGGCAGGUGGAGCAUGAGGUCACUGAAAUGAUUGUAUGUGAGGAUUGGAAAUGCGGUUACAUCGAAUGUUCGGCUAAAGAGAAUGUAGGCAUUGUGGAGAUUUUCAAAGAGUUGUUGGUACAAGCGAAUAUUCGGUACAAUCUAAGUCCUGCCGUGAGGCGACGAAGGCAAUCACUACCUUCCUAUAGCAGCGCAGCAGCCGGAAUAACACGCACCACAAAGAGCCCAUCACAUAAAUAUACAUUAAAGCGUCACUCAUGCACCAUGACAUGAAGGGUAUAAACGAAGGUAGUGGAGACAAUGUAGAUGAGAACUCAAUAAUUGGAUAAAUAAGGAACUGCUUUGCUUUUUUGGAUAUUGGUAAUGGAUAGUACAAAACAGAUGUCAAACCUUUUGUAGUUUAAAAGGAAUUUGCCAAGAGUGAAUGCCAUUUUAUGUGAGGUGAACUUAGGCUUAUGGAAAUACUUGUAUUACACUUACAUGUAUACAUAAGUUGAACAUAUGUGUUCUAAUAUCGGAUUUAAAAACUGUGAGGUUAUAGUGUCAAAAUCAUUUUUCAACCAUCAGUUCUUUUAGAGCUAACGAGGAUAUUCGUUUAGACAUUAAAGCCAUUAUUCCGAUUUGUUUUUGUUUUUUUCUGAACAUGUUCGAAAGAAAACAAAACAUUGAAUGAGCUGCGUGUUCAUUAUCCUUUUGUCUAGGAAAUGGAAUACAUGGUUAUCCAAAAAACAUGUUCGCAUAGCUUUGGACUUCCCAACUGACAUAAAACAAUAAGAAAACGCCAAAGUUCGAGAAAAAUGCAGUGAUAGAAGUAUUUUUGAAAGAAGUGAUAUUCGUUUUUUAUGCCAUAUAUGUACAUAUAUGUAGGUAUGUAACUACAUAUAUGUAUGUAUAUAAAUAAAUUAUAUUCGCUUAUGUGUAUAUGUUUUAAACGGUAUAGUAGCUUACACGGGUGUAAAAUUUAAUAAAUAUUUGUAGAAUUAAAGUUUUCAAAAUCCAAAAUAUAUUUAUUAAAAUACUUUUUGCAAAGAAUUAUAUCAACUAUAGACUAAUCAAAUCUAGUUUUGUAUGUAUCAAAGUCAUAUAUUUAUACCAUUGUCAGUAGAAGUUCACUAUUUAACGAAUUAUUACAAUAAGGUUAACAUAUAUACAAACGUACGUCCGUCUAAACAAUAUAAUUCAAAUGUCUAAAGUGAAUAUGAAAUUUUCCGUACCUACUAAUUUGAAGGAAACCUGAGACAAGAUUAUUAAGUAUCACUGAACUUGAUGUCAAAUAUACUGCAAACUUCUUACUAAAUGUGAAACAAGAACGUACAAGUAUAUAGUAUUAAGUCAAAACGUAUUUGUAUUUACAAUGCGUUUUGCCAAACUACGAAGAUUACUGAAAAAGCAGAAGUAAAGAGCAACAAUGAUGUUUUUUUGAGUUGAAAAUAAUAUAUAAUAAAUGUUACAACACAUAUAAACACGUUAAGAUGCGUCAGAAUGCAACAUAGGUGGUAAACGAGUAAAAUACAAUCUUCAAACAUUUAUAAAACAAAUUGAGAAACAAUAAAAUGGAAGAAAAAAUAACUUUUGGUAUAAGGGAUUUACAAAUAGAAAGGUAAGAAUGUUUUUACAUACAUAAUGUAUCAGUUUUGUAAAUUGUAUUGAAUUUUAAUAAAAAAUUAUUACCAAAAAUGUA